AUGGCUGGGCUCUUCAGAAAGGUGUACGACUGGCUGCUGAGGACGUUUUGGGCAUUGGAGAUGGAAGUGACCAUGGUCGGUCUGCAAAAUGCCGGAAAGACAUCGUUGCUGCGAGUAUUGGCUGGCGGAGAGUUCACUCUUGACUCGAUUCCGACGGUCGGGUUCAAUAUGAAGCGUGUGCAACGAGGACAUGUUACACUCAAGUGUUGGGAUAUCGGUGGGCAGCCGCGUUUUCGCACCAUGUGGGAGCGGUAUUGCCGCGGUGUCAACGCCAUCGUCUUCAUCGUAGACAUUGCGGAUGUAGAGCUCAUCCCCCAGGCCAAGGAGGAGCUUCACUCGCUCAUGGCUCACCCGUCGCUGGGCGGGAUCCCGCUGCUCGUCCUGGGCAACAAGUCGGAUCUCCCAGAGAAGCUGUCGGUGGACGAGCUGAUUGACGAGCUGGACCUGAAAAGCAUCCAGAACCGUGAGGUGUGCUGCUACGGCAUCAGUGCUAAACAAGAGACGAACCUCGACGCCGUGGUGCAGUUCCUGGUGAAGUGGGCUGGUCGAUGA